UCUAACGGACGGGGAUAUGGAAAAUCUCGUUUUAAGUCGAUCGUUUCAACAAAUAGCGCUAAUUUUCCAGGUGUCAACGCCUAAUUGGUUUUGGCCCUUGUAAUGACCGUAGUCUCCACGUCGAUUCCCGCGUGAAAAGUGAACACCCCUAUAAAAUCUCGCUUCUCACAGGUCACGACUCUUCUUUUUCAACGUCAACGCCCACUUCAACGGCUAACUGUUUCAAGAUGACCGUUAUAUCCUCCAGCGAACCAAAAUACCGCCGGAGUCCCAGGACCCCUCUCCUGCCUCAAAAGCACGACGACCACGAGCCUCUCGAGGUCGGAUUUGAUGGCGCCUCCUUCUCAGGAGCCGUUUUCAACCUCUCCACAACCAUCGUCGGUGCCGGGAUCAUGGCUCUUCCGGCCACCGUAAACCAAUUGGGCCUAAUUCCAGGUCUGACUAUGAUCAUAUUGGGAGCCAUGUUAACAGAGUCAUCGGUCGACAUGAUUAUAAGAUUCGGUAAAGCUUCCAAGUCCGCCACAUAUGCUGGCGUUGUCGCCGAUGCGUUCAGUGGGCCCGGCCGAACCCUCCUUCAAGUCUGCAUUGUCAUCAACAACCUCGGCAUCCUCAUCGUAUACAUGAUUAUAAUCGGUGAUGUGUUGGCGGGAACAUUGUCAGAUGGGGUCCACCAUUCAGGAAUUAUGGAAGAAUGGUUUGGACAACAUUGGUGGACUUCACGCUCCUUCUUGCUGCUGCUCACCACACUUUUUGUAUUCACUCCUCUAAUUUCAUUCAAGCGCGUUGAUUCAUUGAGAUACACAUCAGCAUUAUCAGUGGGACUAGCUAUUGUAUUUGUGGCCAUCACAGCAGGAGUGGCAAUUGUUAAAUUAAUAGAAGGAGGUGUCAAAAUGCCACGUUUGAUCCCCGAACUCAUCGAUCAGGCAUCUUUCUGGAAGCUAUUUACAACUGUACCUAUCCUGGUUACUGCUUAUAUAUGUCACCACAAUGUUCACCCCAUAGAAAAUGAACUGAAAGACCCCACCCAAAUGAAGUCAAUAGUGCGGACAUCCCUUACUUUAUGUUCAUCUGUCUAUAUUGCUACCAGCUUCUUCGGAAUUCUUCUUUUCGGUGAUGAAACACUGGAUGAUGUGCUUGCCAAUUUUGAUGGUGAUCUUGGAAUUCCAUUCAGUUCACUGUUAGACGACGUGGUUAGAAUGAGCUAUGGUGUCCACCUGAUGCUUGUUUUCCCAAUCGUCUUUUUCUCUCUUCGCCUGAACCUGGAUGGUCUUCUCUUUCCAUAUGCCAUUCCCAUUGUAUAUGACAACAGAAGAUUCAUAUCAAUAACUGCAGUUCUCAUGGGAUUUAUCUUUGUGGGAGCCAAUUUUGUGCCUAACAUCUGGGACGCAUUCCAGUUCACUGGAGCCACAGCCGCUAUAUCUGUCGGUUUCAUCUUUCCAGCAGCCAUUGCUCUCAGGGACACCCAUGGAAUUGCAACAAAGAAUGACAGACUAAAAUCAUGGGUGAUGAUACUAUUGGCUGUCUCAUCGAGCACGGCAGCCAUUUGCAGUGAUGUUUAUAGCAUUUUCAAUUUUGACAAUAAGAGUUUGAAGCUGAACUGACUGAGAAGAUUAUAACUGGUCGUUAUAACAGAAUCCUACAUAAAAGAUGUACAAAUAUGUUACAUCUUGAACAUGGAAAGAGCUGCAGCUCCUCAUUUAAUUGUUGGUGCUUACAAUCGUUGUACAUUGAAGCAAGCAACUAAUUUUCUUUGGUUUUGAUACUUCUCAUAAGAGUGAAAGAAAGAAAUAUUUUUCCCUUUUCAAAUGUUGUUGGGCCUUAUAGGUAGGGUCUGGGUUUGGCGAUACUGAAGCACUUAAGCCCAGAAGGAAUGAAAAUGAAAAUGAUUUGGGCUCUAAUUUAGUUCAGAUCGGCCCAUCUAUGAGUUGUACUAUAUCCAUAUUCCAUCCGUUUGUUUUAAUUUUAGCACAUGUGAUGUAUAUGAACAUUAUUUUAAGCUCUUCCUUUUGAACCGACACAACACAAUCUAAGUUCAUGAACCUGUAACCUGUUUAAGAACAGUCAAAAUGGAAAGGGUCAUCAUUUAAAUUUUUA